AUGGUCACCAACAAGUACUCGGUUCAAUUGGGUCGUGUGGACGAUCAAUGUUCAUCCUUGGUCCUGUCACUUGCCAAUCUUACACCACACUUUGAUCAACACAAAUCCAAGUCCCUCAUCAUUUGUUUAGACAAUUCCGGAUCCAUGUCAGGCUCUGGCAUUUCACAAGCAAAACAAGCCAUUCAAUCUCUUCUCCAACAAGUUCAGGGAUUUAAUGAACAAAUUAUUCUCAUCACUUUCAACAGUCAUGCCACUGUUUUAGACUUAUCUGGACAAUCAAUUUCAAAACAAAUGGAAUGUGUGGAAAGAAUUCAAGCUUGUGGUGGAACAAGUUUUUCAAGUGCCUUUCAAGCCAUGACAAAUUUAAGAACCUCUUCUUCUUUGACAACAACGUCUUCUCAACCACUUGGUGAAGAAGUGGCGAUUGUUUUUUUCACAGAUGGACAAGAUGGAGAAAGUGAAGAGAAGAGACAAGUAGACAUUCGACAAUUGACAGAUCGUUUGAAUGAAGUGUCCAAAUCAUUUGAAUUUCACACCAUUGGAUUCACGAGAGAGCAUGAUGUGCAAUUGUUGACAAGUAUUACACAGUUAGGUUCUUCUCAGGGCACUUUUCAGUAUGCAGAAUCUUCAUCGAGUAUUGCCACGUGUGUGGAGAAUUUGAUUGGUUUGGUAAGAACUCACUCCCUGUCAGGUGUCAUUAAGGUGGUUCGAGUGGAAAAUGACAGUUCAGAAGAAACUAUUUUUCAUAGUGAUAAGGUAUCCUUGGAAGAGACUGAAGAUGGAAUCAAGAUUACAUGUUUCUUAAAGAAUGGUUUGUUAUUCCAUUCUCAAUCAAUGUUGAAAUUUUAUUUAGAAAUUUCUGGACUCGCAGAAAGAAUUGAAACUCAAGUUCCUUCCUCACAUUCUGAUCUUUCACAAAGUGAACACAUCACCUUACAGAUCAAGUAUAUUGAAAAAAGACUUUUGGAUUAUGCUGUGGAAAUAUCUGCCAAGAAUUUUGACAAGAGUCAGCUGUCAGUCAUUCAUCAAGAAGGUCAACGUCUCGAAGAACGAUUAAUUGAAAUCACCAAAGAAAUUCAAAGCAUUAAGGAGAGAAUUCUAAGAAAGAAGCUCUUCACCAUUCGUGAAUCCACUCACAAUUCUCUCAGUAAUUUCAAUCAAGUGUUGGCAGAUGCCAUGAUUGGAAAUCUGUCAAAUGACAAAAUUGCUACUUUAAAUUCUCUCGCUUAUCGUUCCAUUACAAAACGUGGUUUUCAAAAGAAAUUGGAUCAGAGAGCUCAAGCCAAUGUUUCACUUUUUGAAAAAUCCGAACAAAUUGUUAACGAAUAUGUCAACUCUCUCAACUUCACACAGCUUCGACAAGAAUUUGAAUCAGAAGCAGAUCAAUUUGGAAAUUGUUUCAUCACUUGUUCAAAUUGGAUUGAUUUAUUAGAACAACAAGAUUGUCUUUGUUUGACCUUAAAUGUGGCACGUACACAAGCAUGUGUCAUGGAUCCUUCUCGAGUUCAAAUUUUGUCAAUUGGAACUUCCUUAAUGUCUGCAGAAUCCUAUUUAGAUUCAGUGUUGUAUUCAUUAGGAAAUUCGGAAAAUCAUGCUCAAGUCCAUGGUGGAAUUAAGGAUGUGGAAUUAAAGAAGCAAAAUCAAGAUGGACAAGUGACAGCAAGUAUUGUUUCUGGAACUGCAAGAGAAGCAAUAACAGGCGUGUUGCCAUUGUAUAUCAAUGAGAUACAUUGGAAGGUUGCCAAGGAAAAGAUGAAGUCAAUCAUGGGGUUUGUGGCAACUUUGGAUGUCAUGGGAUAUUCUUUCGAACAAAUCAAAACAGUUCCAUUUUUGGUAUUGACAAAAUUAUUGCAAGCUCAAAAGGAGGAACGUCAAUCUGAAUUUUACAAGUUCAAAUUUAAGCUUGUUUUGGAUACUUGUUUGAAAAUUUAUGAAGAAUACUCGGAGGAUGGCGAAGAAUCAGUCGUUAAGAUGUGUGAUGAAGUUGUGUCACUUGUCAAGAAUUAUAAUGCAAACCCAUUGACACGAACACUCGAUGUCAUUCCAAGUAAUGUGGUUCUUCUUUCACAGCUCUAUUGUGCCAUCCAAAAGGGAUAUUUCGACAUGAAUAGCAUUGACCACGAAUUGUUCUUUAAAAAUAUUGCUGAAGAAACUUUAAGAAGAUUUGGAAUUCCAGCGAUAGAUUCUAUUUCAGAUCAUCAAUUGUUGCAAUUACUGAACGUCAAUGUUGAAAAGGUCGUACAUGGUCAUGUAAACGAAUAUAAGAAUUAUCUGUCUCUGAUAGCGUAA